UAGAGGGGGGGAAGAAAAGCAGAAUUACCAGUAGCUCUGGUUCUGCCGUCCCGGGCGCUCGCUCGCUCGCUCUCACUCUCACACACACACACCACACACACCUUUACCUGCACAGACUUGAAAGUCCAGUUUCACCAGAGAGACUGAGGCACCUGGAAAAGGGGAGAAAGUUCAUUGGAUCAAACAUGUCACAAGAGACGGACAAUAAAAACCGCCUUGUGACUAUUGUGCCGAGUGAUGCUCCAUUCAAUAGCAGAAGAGCCUACACCAGUGAAGAUGAAGCUUGGAAAUCCUAUCUGGAGAAUCCCUUAACAGCAGCUACUAAGGCUAUGAUGAGCAUCAACGGAGAUGAGGACAGUGCUGCUGCUCUUGGAUUACUGUAUGAUUAUUACAAGGUUCCUAGAGAUAAAAGGCUGUUGUCUGUUAACAAAGUGAGUGAGAAUCAAGAAGACCAGGAUAAAAGAAACUGUCUUUCCACCAGUGAAACUCAGAGUAACUUGAGCAACAGUGGUGAAAACAGAGUGCAGGUCUUGAAAACUGUCCCGGUAAAUCUUUCCUUGAAUCAGGAGCAGCUGGAGUCGUCUAAAAGGGAGCAGUUCAGUUCCAGCGUAUCUGGAAGCCCAACCUCCGUUUCUGUGACAGGAGUUAUGGUGGUGAAAGCGGAAGAGUAUACCCCUAUUUACAUGGCUCCAUCGGUGCAUUACGCAAGGGGAGAAAAUGAAGAGCACCGGGGGGUUAUAUUUGAACAUGCACAUUAUGAAGUGCCCAACAUCACGCCCCAUUCAACCUAUAUGAAAGACGACCAGCGGAGCACUCCCGACAGUACUUACAGUGAUACUUUUAAAGAUGGCGGGGCAGAGAAAUAUCGCAGUGGUUCCGUAGGACCUGAGGAAUACAUUUAUGAACAAUCAGCCAACAGCACAUUUCGGUAUACUUUGGAAGCAACCAAAUCCCUGCGUCAAAAGCAAGGAGAAGGACCAAUGACCUACUUAAACAAGGGACAGUUUUAUGCCAUAACUUUGAGUGAAACUGGAGACAACAAAUGCUUCAGACACCCAAUCAGCAAAGUUAGGAGUGUGAUCAUGGUUGUGUUCAGCGAAGAUAAAAACCGCGAUGAGCAGCUGAAACACUGGAAAUACUGGCAUUCGCGGCAGCACACAGCUAAACAGAGGGUCCUUGAUAUUGCUGAUUACAAGGAGAGCUUCAACACCAUCGGGAAUAUUGAAGAAAUUGCCUAUAAUGCCGUGUCGUUUACUUGGGAUGUCAAUGAAGAAGCAAAGAUUUUCAUCACAGUGAACUGCUUGAGCACAGACUUCUCUUCUCAAAAAGGAGUCAAGGGGCUUCCUUUGAUGAUUCAGAUUGACACAUACAGUUACAAUAAUCGCAGCAAUAAACCCAUCCACCGUGCCUUCUGCCAGAUCAAGGUUUUCUGUGACAAGGGAGCCGAGAGGAAAAUCCGAGACGAAGAAAGGAAGCAAAACAGGAAGAAAGCAAAAGGCCAGCUUCCGCAACCACCAUGCAGUAAUGCUGAAGGGAAACUGGCCACUGUCCCUCUCCAGAAGAAGAGCGACAUCACCUUCUUCAAAACAAUGGUUGACCUGGACUCCCAGCCUGUUCUCUUCAUACCCGAUGUUCACUUUGGGAACCUCCAAAGAGCUGGGCAGGUUUACUAUAACACAGAAGACGAGCGAGAAGGUAGCAUCUUGGCUAAAAGGAUAUUCCGGACAGUAGAGGAGGACUUUGCUCCACCACCAUUGAAGCAAAUAAAAGAAGAAGGAGCAAAAAGAGUGCUGCUAUAUGUGAGGAAAGAGGCUGACGAAGUGUUCGAUGCUUUGAUGUUGAAGUCCCCCACUGUAAAGGGACUAAUGGAAGCGAUUUCCGAGAAAUACGGUCUUCCAGCUGAAAAGAUUACAAAGCUUUACAAGAAGAGCAAAAAGGGGAUCUUGGUAAAUAUGGAUGAUAACAUCAUUGAACAUUAUUCCAAUGAAGACACUUUCAUCCUAAACAUGGAGAGCAUGGCAGAAGGCUUCAAGGUCACAUUAACGGAGAUCUAGUCCAGAUCAGAGUGCAGCCCCUUGAAGUCAGAGCAUUUCGCCUUCCUCUUAAAGGCACAGCUCCUCUAAAGCCCCUGAUGACUCACCAAUGCUGAGAAGAUAAGGCUGUUACAAAAUUCCAUAGGGAAACAACCCACGUUCCUUAUUUUUGGCGCAGGAAGCAAACCUGGUAGCUACUGACCAGUCUGUUCAAAAUGAACCGACACACCAUCAAAAAGUUCUUUAUUUAUUGAUCCUCACUCUGCAAUGUGUAAAUAAUCCAUGGAUCCUGGACUUUGCAGUCUUGCCCACUGCAAGGGAGAAACAGCAACUUUUUAAAAAGAUAACUAUCUAUUAACAUGGAAGAAAAUGGAAUUGUGGGAUUUCACUAGUUCAACUGGGACUUUAAAAUUAAAAUUGCACCCUCCAGAAUGAAUUGUGGGAAGAUCCGAUACUCUAAUCCAUGCAGAGCUAGCGAUGGGGAAAGCGGCUGACGGCCUGCACAAAACUCCCACCAAGUGCGGAGGGACGUGCAACUCAGCCAUGUUUCUCCAGGUGCUUCCCAGCACAGGGCAAUUGAGGCCUGUAAGUAAGAUGGCCUGUCAUUUGUAAGUAGAACACCACCCAUUUAAACCUCUGUACAUAAUGUUUAUAAUAAUGUAAUAAUAUAUUUUUCCUACCCCUGCAGAUGUGUUUACUGCCACUAUGAUUUGUGAUGGGAUUAGAAAGUGGCAGAGCCUCUUGCUGAGAGGAAAGACAUUCUGCCGUCCCCUAUUCAUUGUGCAGAGAGGUAGAUGUCGGUUUCUGUGUCUUUUGUCUUGUGGGCUGCCCAGCGUCCACAGUACGAUGUUAAAGCUCUCCUCAAUGUCGCAUUUGGCAAUUAGUCCAUAAGCUUGGGUGUCUUGCUUUGGCUGUAGCAAGCUGCAAAUGCAGUGGAGUCAGCAAAUAGUCAAGCCAGCAAAGGUUUAGUUGAUGGGGUUCAGGUUACAACAGAAGUGGUCUCGGUCCAGGCAGAAGUCAGAAUGGAGGCAGGCAGGCAAGAGGAACAGGCGGCAGCAGGAGUGGUCAGGGUAACAAGCAAGAGGUCAAACACGGCAAAUCAGUCAGGUACAUCACGCAAUCCAG